AUGUUGCCUAUGAUCAAGCUGGGCGGCCUGGUGGCCCGCACAUUGACGAAGCCCCUGGCACGUGUGGUCAAGUCACGUUCUAAGGUGCAUCCACUGCUGAACGCCGUGUGCGGGCGAUUGGGCCAGCAACAGCACCGCUUGAGCAUGAAGCUGCACAUGGGAUUCCGAGGUAUCUCGAACUAUACCAUCAAGUCACUGCCAGCGGACCAGGCGGUGGAGCAGGGCGCAGACCUGGUGGGAGAGUUGCUCAUCUUCUCGGUGGCGUUGGGUGCUGCAUCACUUGAGUACUCGCGCUCGGCCGCUAGUGCCCGCGUCAAAGAGGCCAAACUGAAGGAGCUGCAACUUCAGGAGGAGCGAGAGAUGGAGGCCCGUUUUGAGUAUUUGGAGGGAAAAGUUGGCUGGAUAGAGGACCGUCUAUUGGAGCUUACCAAGAUCCUAGAGAACGAGAUGGAACAGAAAUCUUUUGAAUCCUCUAGACUCGCGCGGAGACGACAACAACCUCUGGACCAGAAUGUGCAUAUGGGCGUCGACAUUGACGAGAACACGGUGGUGGAAGCUUCCUCAUCAGUUGGAAAGCUCUGGAAAAGUACAUAUGACGCAGUGUCAGAGCUGUUCAAGUAG